UCUGUCCCUGACGCUAUAAAAACGGUGCUUCGCCAAAGAGAAAUUUAAAGCUUACGACUCAACAGUGAAAUUAAGCUGAAAUACUUCAUUUGACUAAAGAAGCGCGAUCAAAAACUGAAAAAUGGAUCCUUGUGAAUGCUCUAAAACUGGCUCUUGCAACUGCGGUGGAUCCUGCAAGUGCUCAAACUGCGCGUGCACCAGUUGUAAGAAAAGUUGCUGCUCCUGCUGUCCUUCCGACUGCAGUAAAUGUGCUUCAGGCUGUGUGUGCAAGGGCAAGACCUGCGAUACCAGCUGUUGUCAGUGAGGCCUGGUGCAUUACUGUGACAAUGCAGUCAUUCCCUACGAAAUUGGUUGUACCAUCUUGAGCCUAGACUUAGUACUUUGUCUGUUAAAUGUAAGAAAAUAAAUUCCAUUGAACUUCAA